AUGGUAACGGAUAAUUGGAACCAAAUGUCGGGUUCCUACUGUACAACCAUCUCUCCUCCUUCCAGUCCCGGUCCUGACAUCGACGUCUUGAAGGACAUCUCAUCUCAAGAGCGUCGCAGUAACCUUCUUAUAAAUCAUCUUGUUCAAAACUUAUUAGAAAAUUAUGGUGAUUUGCUCGAGCCAGUGGCUUCUAGUCGUUCGAAACCAAUACAGCCUUAUGAGAUUGUAACUUUCAUUCAUUGCAUGCUCCUCAGAAGUAGGGCAUCGGAACGUCAAUUCCUCUCAGCUUACGAUUUAACUGCAAAAUUUCUGGAUAGCUGCCGCCGCCACGAUAUCAACUAUCUGCAGUUUCUACACUACGACAUACGCAAGGCCAUCACAGCUUGUAUGCUGUUUAGUCACUAUAAGUGUCAGGGUUUGGGCUGCUGUCCGUACUAUCUCUACUCGCGCAUGACUGGUCUCAGCGAAGAAGAAAUACGAAACAUAUGCCGUAUCGUCGGCCUCGUGCUCCAAUACUGCUUCAGGUCACCAUCAGAACCAGAUCUAGGCCCCAUAUGA